CUCACCGAGGCUGAGCUGUUGGCCAUCUGCGGGGAUCCGGCCCAUCCUGCCAGGGAGCACGGUUUGUACUUGAAGCAGCUGGCCAGUAACGAAUACAAUAAUCUGUUGCCACCGUAUGCCACGACGGCGAAGACGAGCAAGCAACUCAAGCGUGCUAGCACAAUCAGCGUUAUGUCUGGCCUUGGCGGUGGUGUGCCUGAGUUACCCAGUGUCCCACGCAGUCCGUCAAACACCUCCUUCCUUUCGAGUCCUAAGUCGAAGAUCACGAGCUUCUUCACGCGCCGUCCUCCAAGUGAACUCAUCACGAAUAACCUGAAGGAAUAUUUCCCGGAUAUCGAGAAGAAGAACCUGAGUCGUGCUGCCCGGCAUAGCAUUAUGCGG